AUGGCUCAUCAAGGUGGCUCUUUGACAGCGGAUUCGCUAUCUCCCGCGGAGCCUUGCUCAGUAAAGCAGCUACAGCACUGCGACGAAGUUAUUGCAGAGGACGCUGAGCACUGCCACAUCUCACUUGAUGAUUUCCAGAAUGAAGCGGAAGGUGAUUUCAUGGACAUUUUGUGCUUGGAUGAGAGCAUGCUGCAGCUUGAGGAUGACAUUUUGGCUAUCGCCGACGAUGACAUCGCUGGUCCCAUCAAUCAACUAAACCUCCAGGCGCCUGCGACUGUGGAUAUCCGGCCACUGAACGAAGUUCCCACUCCUCUUCCUCCUUGGGAUUCCGAGGGAUCUUCAUUGUCUGAGGCUGGAGCCGCGCCAGUCGUCGCUGAGAGGAUCCAAGAGGUCAACACGUCCUCACCCGAGACCCCCUGCGUCAAACCGUCAUGGCCAUUGCUAUCUCCGCCACACCACAAGCGGUUUCAUUCUUCCACCGGAUCUCACCGGGAAGGCAGUCCCGUUUCAGUUCUUACCGUGCGGUUGUCUCCCGGCCGACCAUUCGAAGGACUUGGCGAGCCAGCUCUCGUCGAGUACGAAACUCCGAAUUUGUCCUUGAGGAAUGCCGAUCUUAAUCCGGCAGAUUCGUGUGCUCUCUCCUCCAGAUCCCGCAGCAAGCGAAUGAGGAUUAUGAAGCGGGUCUGGUCGACGGAUGUAAUUUCACAUGUGGUUCCGGAAGACGCUGGGGUUGGCAGCAGCGACGAGUUCGACGAUUGUUAUGAAGGGCCUACGGGAGAGAUUGAAGACUCACGAAUUGGUGGAUUUUCUGAGGAUAGAAAUUUCUGCACAACUCCGUCGCUUGGUCCGCUCAACUCCGUUCCUCCCGCGCUUGAACCUCAACCCAGGGGCUUAAUCGGUGGUCCUGAUCCUGCGACCUCGGACAUUAGCUCACUUACCCUCAGCGGAACUGAUUUGCCUCGAUCAGCUUCGACGAACCAAGUGGACUCUGUAGCCAAGCAGCCGUCCAAGAAGCGUAAGCCUCAAGGGAGUCCCGAUGGGAAGGACAAGGAUGGCAACAUUCGCCGAUGCACCCAUUGCUCGUCAACGACCACUCCUCAGUGGCGAGCGGGCCCUAUGGGUCCCAAGACACUCUGCAACGCCUGUGGAGUGAGGUACAAGUCCGGAAGGUUGUGUCCGGAGUAUAGGCCAGCGAGCAGCCCGGAAUUCCAGCCGGAGAAGCAUUCCAAUUCUCACCGGAAGAUCGUGGAGAUGCGGAAGCAGCAAGAGGCAGGAGUGGUCGACGGAGGAGCUCCGUCAAACGUUAACCUGGAAGUCGUUGUCGCACCGCCGACUCCGUCACGGGCUCCUAAGAAGCAGAUGCAAGACGGAAACACAUGUAACGGUAAGAAGCCUAAGAGGGAGAAGACUGAGGAGGAGAAGGAGAGAGCUCGUAUCCGACGGCGGUUACGGAAGCAGCAGCAGAAGCUCGUCCUUCAGCAGCAACAGCAGCAACAGCAGCAGCAGCAGCAGCAGCAGGAAGUCGUGCAGGCCGGGACUUUCUACGGUGGUUAUCCAGUUCAAAUGGGUGUAGGCUCCGCGCUUGUCAGUACUCCCAGUAUCGGGUGCGUGGAUACGGGAUCACUCGUAGUCGAUCCUCUGGUAGCUGAUGGUAUGGUUGUCCCCAGCGUUCCCAGGGUGCACAGCAGCCUUUCACCCGUUCCUUACGCCGCGCCUCCACCUAUGCUUCAGACGCCUGCAGCUGCGCCUCAUACGACAGCACCUGCAUCCUAUGGAGCUAUCGGCUACUGCCAGCCCUCCGUCGUCCCCUCUCCUGUAUCCCACGUCACAGAAUCCGGACCUGAAGGUUGCUGGAACCCCAGCCAAUCGCAAGAGUCCGCUGGGGUUUUGUGUGAGGAUGAGGUGGUGGAUUGGCAGGGGAUGGAACAUGAGGAGGAUGAGGACGCCGAAGGAUACACCUCGUUCCUGGCUCUGGACUGCCAGCCCCUGGCAACUCCCGUCCUCCCCAUGCUGGACUCAGCAGUGCCUCCUUCCUUCGCUGCUACAUCUUCGUUUGCCAUGUGCAAUGCGAAUAACGCUGGGGCAGGACCUGGUUGUAUGAGCGCCCGGGAAGAUCUGAAGAGUUAUUGA